CAGUUUGAAAGCAGACUACGUGGCAAUCUUGUCUACCAUCGUCAAGUUAAGUUGUUAUGACAGAAUGGAAAACGAAGAUGGACUUCUCAAACUUGUAUUUAGCGGAAACGAUCUCAAAGAUCUCUCGGCAAAGUUCGAACAGCUCAAUCUCACAACAAUUGAUGCCAGCCAAUACCUAAAACAGUUAAAUUCACUGGGCUUAAAGAAAUUGGGGAAUGAGAUUAAUAGGAUAGCAGAAGAGAAGACAUCCAUCAUCAACCAAACUCAGGAGCUAGCGUUUCAGGAAUACCCAACUUUUAUUGAAACAGCUCAAUGCACAAAAGAAAUUUUCCAAAAUUUCCAAAAAGUGAGCCAGAGCACAGAGAAGUUGACCUCUGGUCUGACAACUUUAAAAGAGAAAUGUUUAGAGUUUUCUCAAACAGCCCAAUCUUUAAGUGCGGCGAGACGGUUAACAAGUUUGGCAUUGUCCCGACAUACACAACUGUUGGAAAUCCUAGAACUACCGCAGCUUAUGGAUACGUGCGUCCGCAAUGGAUAUUGGGAGGAGGCACUUGAACUAGCUUCUUACGUGGCGCGCUUAGAGCGUAAAUUAGGAUACAUCCCCUUGAUUGUGAAAGUAGCUCAAGAAGUUCAGUCGUGCACGCGGUUGAUGCUGAGUCAGUUAAUAGCUCAGCUGAGAAUGCCAGCACAACUUCCACAUUGUUUGAAAGUAGUGGGAUACCUGAGGCGUAUGGGUGUCUUUUCCGAAGAGGAAAUUCGCCUUAAAUUCCUCCAAGCUAGAGAUUCUUGGUUUAAAUCUACAUUGGAAGAAAUUCCGAAAGAAGAUGCUUAUCAGCAUAUUCUGAAAACCGUGGAAUUGAGCCGUGUGCAUCUGUUCGACAUUGCCACGCAGUAUCGUGCCAUAUUUACUGAUGAAGAUCCACUAGUAUUAGCCAAUCAAGAUCCAAACACAAAUGAAUCUGCCAUCUAUUACUCGUGGCUAAUUCAAAAGAUAACGGAAUUUUUGGCGGCACUUCAAUCCGACCUGCCCAAGGUUUCGCCGUCUUCGCUGGAGUCCGUGUUUGGGCAAUGCAUGUAUUUUGGCCUUAGUUUCGGCCGUAUCGGAUCAGACUUCCGGUCGCUGCUUGUGCCGCUUUUCUCGCAGGUGGUCUAUGAUCGAUUUGUCCACUCAGCCAAUAAGUCUGAGGCGCAGUUCGCAGAAGCCAUGGCCAACUUUAGCUUGACACGCACCAAUUCGCUUGGAAGUAAUGCUAGUUAUUCAUAUAUCCAAUCGGCUCCGUCCUCCGCCGACCAAAUCCAGCCACCUUAUAGCCUUCUAAAAUUUUCGCCGUUGGCUGAAUUGUGCAAUGGGUUGAUUGCCGCCUUUAACGAAUUACGUAUCUGUGCUCCGGUUCAGUUGGUCAACCUGGUCGUUCGCAAACUAGAGCAAACUCUCCGCAAUUGCUCGCAAAUUGUUGCCGACUUUCAUCGACAAGAGAUGGGGGCUUUUACAGCCAAUGAAGAGCUAGAAUUCACCAAAUGUUUACAACUAUACCGCACCGAAUUUAUGUUAUACAUCCAAAAGAUACUUCAAAUUAUGUUUUCACCUGCGCUAAUCUCCGCCCAAACGGGUUACACAACUGGAGAAAUAGUGAAACAAGAGCUAUGCAACCUUAACAAGAGUUUUAUUCUCGAUCCCAUCGACCACCUGCUCACCAAAGAAGAGUCCUUGCCAGAAUUAGCUUUGUUUACGUCAUCAUCUCUUAAGCUUGAAACUCAAACAGAGGCGAAAAAUCGUGAGGACAUUGUCAGACCAAUUGAUGAAUCAGUAACCGAACGAUUGCUGAAGAAUGGCACUCAAGACGGAGAAACGUUGACCGCUGAACAUGACCAGCAUGAGGCAAAACUUGAGACGAGUGAACCUGUUCCUGAACACGAAACACAUCCUGAUAUCGUCAUAGAAUCCGAAACCAAAACUGAAAUCGAACCAGAACUUAGGUCGGAUCCAAGUGAAAGUCAUACAGUACAAUUUGUAAUAGGGGCUUCUGAAGUGCUGACGAUUCACCCAUCAGCUGAAAACCUGGAACCCGAAACGGAUGCGAUUUCUAAUCAGGAACGAAGUAGUGAGCCUGAGCAAGAAGCAGAAAACGAUCGAGAACAUAUUGUGAAUACAACAGAAACUGAGCCUGUAAACACAGCGAUAAUUGAUGGACCAUCUUCAUCAGUUGAAGUGGAACAAGAAAAAAACGAAAUUAGUUGAAAUAGAUCGUUCUGCAUUGUUGUUACUAACUUUAUAUUCAAUGACUGGUACGUUCUGCAAAAUCCUGUGAUCAAUAGAAGGCACCCAGACACCCAA